CAUUUACCGACGCAGCAUCAGAUCAGUCUAAGAAUAGAGUCGGUAAUAGCAGAACCAAUUGUUACAAUAAUGAAUACUAGUACUAAUACGAGUGGUCACGUGGAACGAUUGGAAGAUUUUUUUCAAUACAGAACAGCCGUGAAAGUUUGGCGUAUUUCUUUACCAGUUUUUAUGGUAUUUGGGAUUUUAGGAAAUAUACUCAACAUCGUUGUUUUGAGACGUCGACGUUAUCGGGAUUCUCCAACUAGCCAGAUUCUCUUAUUGCUGAGUAUCUCAGACAUACUUUGUCUGUUGAUUGGCCCGACUAGAUAUGUCCUUAUGUUCAUCACAGGGAAAGAUUUCACCGGCACCUCCAGUGCGUACUGUAAAGCAUAUCGAUUCUUUAAUUAUCUUUUCACAGAUUUUUCCGCUUGGUUGGUGAUGUUAGUGGCAAUAGAACGAGCCGUUGCAGUUGGUGUCCCCCAUAAAGUACGGAUCUAUUUCACUCGGCUGAGGAUAUACUGUGUAGCUAUCUUCUUCGGUUGCUUUCUUGCUGUCAUUAACUUUCAUUUCUUCAUCACGUAUGAAUCUACACAGGGGUCUAACAAUACAGAACUGUUGUCCUGUGAUGUCAGCAUCCAGAAUGACCAUUAUCACUUUGCAAUUAUUGUUUUCCCCUGGAUUGAUUUCUGCGUGUUCGUACUGAUUCCUGUCAUUGGCGUCACGGGCUGCAAUAUCUUCAUCAUCGCUAUGCUGUUGGUGGCGAGGUACAAACGCAUGCGUAUGAUCCAAGGCGGCAGCCAAACCAAGAUGACUUCAAUGACGGCCGUUAUGUUCGCCAUCAGCGUAUUCCUCGUCGCAGCAGUAACACCAACUGCUGUUUAUCAAUUCGUUUAUCCGGAUUUAUUUCGACUCCAGAGCGAGGGCAAUAUCGAAGCGGAGGUCCAACUUCUUGUAUUGGCGAUAUAUGCUGUUGUGGCCGCGUACGCUAACUGUGCCGUAAAUGUUGUUCUUUACUCAGUGUGCACACGUAAGUUUAGAAGCGAGCUGAUAUCAAUGUUUAAGCGAAAGAACCAAGUGUUCCCUACUUCACAAAAUCGGGGAACUCGAGGAGCACCUGGAAGUCAAAACAUUGAGACAGUAAAUGUAGCUCAAAUAGAAACCGUAGUGUAGUCUCAAAAUCUUUCUAUGAGUGAGAAUAUUGGCCUAUGAUUGAGCAAUCAAUUUCUGAUGCAUUUUUAAAGUAUAAAUUAAUACUUAAGGUAUAAAUUAAUACCUGUUUUUAUCAUUGACAUAUUUCUAUUAUAAAACUAUUUCGGAAACACGUUAUGCACUCAUUUGAGAACGUCUCACAAUAUUGUCUCACAAGCCAGAAAAAGCAUUUUGGCCAUGUAGCUUAACACUGACGUUGUCCAUAUACUAUUUUAUUUUAAGUAUAUACAGAGAAUGUGAUAUUGCCC